CGAUCAAAUUUUAACCGCAUUUUCCUCAAUCGAAAUUUUGAUAUAUCCAAAAUUUCAGAUCAGAUUGGAUUAUCUCACAUGAAUACCCUUAUUCGUUUGCUACAUUUUGAGAAGUGCAAACACCAACAAAUGAAAUCUUGUAAUUUUCAAUUACAUCAAAGUUAAAGGAAGGCCAGCACACAUCAAGAAAUUUACAAAAUUCCAAAAUUGUGCAACAUCAUCUUUUUCAAGCUUCAAACCCCUUUGUCAGAUAAAGAUAGAAGUAAUGUCACAAGCCAUAGGUGCAGCAAGCAGUCUAACACUCUUAUGGUCAGUAACAUGUAAAGCAAAGACAACAAGAACAAACUCCAAAAACAAGAACAAAACCUUCAAACUCAAAGUGGUGGAGAAAGAAGAGGCAAAGAACAAUAAUGGUGGUUUUGGAGAUAAGAAGAAGCAGGAACAAUUAUGGCAGUGUGUUCAAAGUUGUGGGGCCUGCUGUAAGCUUGCAAAGGAUCCCACUUUUGCUACCCCUGAAGAGAUUUUUGACAACCCUUCUGACAUUGAGCUUUAUGAAAGCUUGGUAGGGGCAGAUGGAUGGUGCAUACACUUUGAUAAGAGCAAUAGGACAUGCUCCAUAUAUGAAGAUCGGCCAUAUUUCUGCCGUGUAGAGCCAGAUGUGUUCCAAAAUUUGUAUGGAAUCAACAAGAGAAAAUUCAAUAAGGAAGCUUGCAGUUUCUGCAAGGACACAAUCAAAACGAUUUAUGGUGCUGAUUCAGAAGAGUUAGAUAGGUUCAACAAGGCUAUCAGAAGCUGAAAAGCCCUAGUACUGGAGCCUUGUUGCACUUCUAAGUGAUUACAAGGUUAAUCUUUCAUCUGGACAAGUAUACACAGUUACUUGACUGUUCGUAAUUUUCAGCCGAUAAUUAUGUUACCAAGGGAGAUUCCUGUUAGGGUAAGACACAAUAUUUCUAAAUCAGUUCAUACCUGCAAAAGCGAGUAUUGCCCUGGGUCUUCCUUUUGAUGCUUAAGUGAGAGAUACUUCUUUCUGUCUAGAGAGAAAGAGUUCGAGUUUUUGGUGGUGUGCAUGCCUGUGAAAAGACAUUAUGCAUUUACUUAUUGUCUAUAGCUGUUUGGGAGUAAGGGGAAUGCAUCUUUGACAUCCUCGUUCACCACCAAACACUUUGGUUUUUAGCUGCACUCAAGUAGAAACCAUCCUGGUAUUCGUUCACUAUAUUUAAAUUAUACAGCAUUCAAUGAUUUUCAAAAUUUGCAGAAACGGAGCUCCAAAUGAGUUUAAUCAAGGUCGAAUUUGCAGUAACGUGAGCCCUUUGCUGGUAUGAACUCUGCUUUCUCAGUAGUACUAAGGCUGAUCAGCAUGCGAGUUAUUUGGUGAGAAACAUACUAUUCAUAAGCUACCAUCAUUGACUUCCUGGUUUUGCUUGUUGUAGAUAGCUGAAGAAUCAAAGUGGCAUAGUGUUUAUUAUGUUCUUAGGAAUCUUAGCAUAAUAAGAUGCAGAUCAUUGUAAAAAGAUCUAGUACAAAAUUGACAAACUGAGAAGCCAAUGAUUUCAUCCUUUUA